UAACAAAGUUUCUCAACUAGAUCAUUAUAUUCGAAACAAAAAUAAAUUGAAUAUUUAAAGACAAAUGUCAAUUAUUAAAACCACUGAUGAACAAACUCAGCAUCAAGGAGAUGUGACAAGUAUAACUUUUCAUGAUGGUCGUCUUUAUAGCGCCGGAGGUGAUGGAAAAAUUAAAAUUUGGGAUGUGAACUUGAACUUCAUACGUGAUGUAAUAAUACAUGAAGCUUACAUUUAUGCGAUAGCUGUGGACAAAGUUGGAAAAUUAUAUUCUUCGAGUUGUGAUGGAUCAAUCAAAUGUGUCAAGAAACCUCUUGAAUCUGAUGAUCAUGAUGUAAUUCUUCAACAUGAAAAUGAAAUUGAGGCUGUUUUUGUCGAUGAUAAGCUUUGGUUUUAUUGUGGUGAUGAUAAAGGCGGAGUGACAGCGUUUGAAGAUGGAAAACUUAAAUUUACAUUAAACAUCGUUGAAUGUGUUAAAAGCCUUUAUGUUGAGAAUAAUCUUUAUUACACUCUAUUGAACCAUGAUUUAUCUAUACAUGAAGUGAGAGGUGAAAAUGGAAAAUUUGUAAUGAAAGGAAGCAUUCCUGGAAAAUUCCCAGUAACUUUAUUUGGUGAGAAAACUGCCGGAAGAUCAAAGUAUUUUGCAAUUCUUACAAGAGAUGGAAAAGGUAUCACGAUUGCGAAGAAUGGCGUUGAUGAAAAAUUUGAGAAAUUAGCAGUAAAAGAAAAUCUACAUGAAAUGAUUGUCAAUGCAAUGGUGGGAUUUGGCGAAUUUCUAUUUUCAGCUGAUUAUGCUGGAAAAGUUGUGAGAAGUAAGGUCGAAGGAAAUCAACUGACUACAUUAGAAAGCUUCAAUACUGGAUCAGGAUGUGCAAAUUGUCUUGCAAUUAUUGAUGAUAAAACUAUUUUCGUUGGAAGUACUGAUGGAUCCAUUAAGAAAAUUCAUUAUAAUUAA